GCUCAUAAAUUUGAAAAAUGAAAAAUGUCAAAAAAGCACCUGCCGCAACAGUCAUGGUCACGAAAAGGGACGCGCUUUUUUAUCAAAUAUCCACCUUGCCGACUAGUUAUGUGCCGAAAAUUGAGGAUUAUCCUUUAAAGCUAGACGAUGGGACUGAGAAACAUAAAAUAUCCGCUUUCAAUGUGCCUCCGGUGCAGAAAAAAGAGGCCAAGUUGUCCCAGUGGGAGUAUCUGGACGCCGAGAAAGUGGAAACGUUGCUCAAACUGACCGAUCAAAAGGAAAUUUUCGAGUAUAUUGGUUCGACUUUGAAAAAUUACCCAACGGGACGCCCAAAAGACUUUUUCAUCCAACUUCUAUCGGACGUGACCAAAUUUUGCCAAAGUCAAUCGUACGAACUUGAAAAGGUCGCCUCCGUAUUAUCACAGUUUUAUUUAACGCAUAACUACUUUACCAGCAGCGUGGACGUAUCGGCGGAGAAAGUUUAUAUUUAUUUUAAAGAUUUAAUGAUGUGCCACAGUUUGCCCUUUCCUCCAUGCAAGAAGAAAAUAUUCACUUUAAACGAGGCGAGGGAUAUUCUCGAAUUUUUCUGUAGGAUUUACACAAGGAACCUACCGCUCAUAAAGUACUUGUGUCUGCCCAACUUCGCUUUGUAUCUGAACUACGAGAUACCUCCUGCCCCUGUUUUCGUCACCAAAGGGAAAAAAGUAACAGGAAAAGAGAAGAAGGAAAAGAAAGGAAAAGGCAAAAAGAAAAAAUAACAGUUUACUGUACAACUUAUUUAUAUAUUACACUAUU